AUGGCGUUCUUAUUUGCUCGUAGCAAGGCCAGGACCAACCAGGAGUUGACCCGGUCUACCAAAGAGUUGAUGCUGAAGCUAAUCGCUGAGGACAAGCCUUCACAAAAGGUAUCCGACCACUACGACCCGAGCGAACUGGACUGGGCUGACGACGGUCAGAUCGAGGAAGAAGUGGCACGGAAUCUUGGCCAAAUGAAAGUCAUCCUCCAAGGCACACCCGAACUCGACGUCAGCCCCGACCAGGUCUUCCAGCUUGUGAACCUCCUCGUUACCGAAGACCUCCUACGAGUCCUCGCCGAAAACAUCCAUCGUCUACCCUUUGAGUCGCGCAAAGACACACAGACCAUCAUCUCAACUGUCUUGCGAUACAAGCAGCCAGGAGAGGACCAACCAAUCGCCCUCCAAUACAUCAUCACAACCCGCCCCGAAGUCAUCAUCGCACUUUGCAAUGGCUAUGAUCGUCGCGAGAGUGCUAUGCCGUGCGGAGGCAUCUUGAAAGAGGCUCUGAAGCACGACGCUGUCACUGCCCUGAUUCUUUACGACGAGCCCAGCCUACACGGCCAACCCCUAGAUCUCGGCAGCAUCGACACAGACCAACCAGCCUCAGGGCAGGGUGUCUUUUGGAAGUUCUUUGACUGGAUCGACAAGAGCUUGUUCGAAGUUAGCACUGAUGCUUUCGAUACCUUCCGCCAAAUCCUGGUUAGACACAAGCCCAUGGUCUCCAAGUACAUCGAUACCAACUUCGACCUCUUCUUCGACAAGUACAACAACAUCCUCAUCAAGUCAGAAAGCUACGUUACUAAGCGCCAAUCGAUAAAAUUGCUUGGUGAAGUCCUUCUAGACCGCCAAUUCUACGAAAUAAUGACUCGUUAUGUCGAGUCCGGCGACAAUCUCAAACUCAUCAUGUGGCAGUUGAAGGAUGAUCGCAAGAUGGUUCAGUACGAGGCCUUCCACGUCUUCAAGAUCUUCGCCGCAAACCCCAACAAGUCCGCCGAUGUCAAGCGUCUAUUGACCAUGAAUCGUCAACGCCUGCUGGACUUCCUGCCAAACUUCUUGGCCGACCGCACUGAAGACGAUCAGUUCUCGGAUGAAAAGAGCUAUCUCAUCAAGCAAAUCAAACUGUUGCCUCAGACGCCCAGUCAGCAACAGAGAACCGCGAGUCAGGAAACAUCGAGAUAG